AUGGCCAAACCACACGCUCUCUUCCUGUUUCUGCUGCUGCUUCUUGUCAAUGCAUGUCGUCCCUCACGCCAACAAAAUCAAAACAAAAUAAGCAGCACUGAUCUUGCAGCUCUAGCAGCCAUAAAAGACAGCCUUACGGACAUUCCAGGCUCAAACUUCUUCUCCACCUGGGACUUCACUUCACCAGAUCCCUGCUCAACCUUCUCUGGCAUUACUUGCUCUCUCAACCGAGUCAACAUUCUCACACUCGGCACUGGCCUCUCUAACUCACCUGGACUGGCUGGCUUCCUCUCUCCUUCCCUCUCCAACCUCACCGAAUUAACCCAAAUCGUCCUCUACCCCGGCCUCGUCACCGGCUCUAUCCCUCCUCAACUGGGUCAACUUAGCAACCUCCGAGUCAUCUCCUUAACCAACAAUCGCUUAAAAGGUUCCAUUCCCAGUUCAUUAUCCUCACUCCCCAACUUGCACACUCUCGAUCUGAGUUACAACCAGCUCACCGGGUCAAUCCCGGCGGGUCUCUUCACCGAGUUAGCCCAGUUGAAAGUCAUGAUUCUAGCUUCAAACCAAUUAUCCGGCGAGUUACCAAGAAUGGUGUCAGCGGAUAUUCUGCAUUUAGAUUUGAAAGACAACAGAUUAACAGGGACAUUGCCGUUAAGGCUGCCGUCAACGAUCCGUUACUUGUCAGCAUCGAAGAAUAUGAUGGGGGGCCCACUCAACGGGCUACAAUCGUUAUCGGAGUUAGUGUUUCUCGACUUAAGCAUGAACCAAUUCAGUGGGCCCAUUCCUGCCUCUCUCUUGAGGCCCACUCUCUCUUCUUUGUUUUUGCAACGGAACAAUUUAUCGGGUGGGGUCCCAUCACCAUCAACAUCAUCAACAUUAAUGUACGGUGAGGGCUCAAUCGUGGACUUGAGCCACAAUUUCCUAACUGGUGAAUUAUCCCCGGUUUUGGCAGCGGUGGAGACGUUGUUCUUGAAUAACAACCAUCUGACGGGGAGGGUUCCUGAGGAGUACGUGAAGAGUGUGUAUGGAGGCAGCACGAAAACACUGUACUUGCAACAUAAUUAUAUAACAUGGUUUCCGUUGGAGUCAGGGUUGGCAUUGCCUGAUACGUUGUCGUUAUGCUUGACGUAUAAUUGCAUGGUUCCAACAUCAGUGGGGUUGAUGGGAUGUCCCGUCAGUGCCGGUGGGCAGCAAGCGAGGCCAGAGUCACAAUGUGUGGUGUUCAACCAUGGAAGAAGAUCUAUACCUUAA